CCACGGUCCCUCCGCUGUUGUGGUCUCUCCGCUGCUGCUGCUGUGGUUCCGACAUGCGGUCUGUGCUGGGUUUGGGUCUGGUUCUGCUGCUGUCCUCCGUUUACCUGUACCUGCUGUCCGCUCACCUGCCCUCAGCUCACCUGGGUGAUGGGGAACCAGAAGCGGGAACCGGGCUGAAGUUCCCGUCUGAUCUAGAGGAGCUUCGGGAGCAGGCGGCUCUGCUGAGGCACUAUCAGCAGGAACACAGUGGAUAUGUUCUGCUGCUGUUCUGCAGCGCCUACAUCUACAAACAGGCCUUCGCCAUCCCCGGAUCCUCCCUGCUGAAUAUCCUGGCGGGGGCGCUGUUUGGACCCUGGCUGGGUCUGCUGCUGGCCUGUGUUCUGACCACUGUAGGGGCCACACUCUGCUUCCUGCUCUCACAGGCGUUCGGAAAACAGCACAUCGUCCGGCUCUUCCCUGUCAAAGUUACUCUGCUGCAGAGAAAAGUGGAGGAGAACCGCAGCAGUCUGUUCUUCUUCCUCCUCUUCCUGAGGUUCUUCCCCAUGAGUCCAAACUGGUUCCUCAACAUGAGCUCCCCCAUCGCCAACAUCCCCGUCUCCCUCUUCUUCCUCUCCGUCUUCAUCGGUCUGAUGCCGUAUAAUUUCGUGUGUGUGCAGACGGGAUCAGUACUGUCUGAUUUGACGUCUCUGGAUGUGCUGUUCUCCUGGAGUAUCCUCCUAAAGCUCCUGCUGGCCGCUGGCGCCGCCCUGCUGCCCGCUGCUAUAAUACGCCACUACAGCCACGCCCACCUAAAACUGGACGGCCUGCAGCCCAACGGCGUCUCAGAGCGCAAACAGCAGUGAUACACACAAACACAAACACACACACACAUAUACACACUGAGCUCUAAAGGGCAUUUACAAGUGAUGGUUUGGUGAAAUAUCAGCACAACAACCACCUAGCAACAUUCUGGAAACCACCUGGAGAACCCAAGCAACAUCCCAGCAACAGGCUGGCACCCCUAAAGCAACAACCUUUGAUGCAACUGCUAAUUAUACCAUAGCAACCACCUGCAACACCAUAGAAACCAGCAUAGCUACACCCGAGCUGACAAUAAAAAUAGCUAAAGCUGCUUAAUCAAGCAUUUAAGAUUAAUCAAUAAAUCAGUAAAUUUACCAACACCAAAUUUAGCAAUUUGUCCAACACCUUACACUCAUUUCUGCUUUAAGCCACACCCACUUACAGAACCUGAACUCAUUUCUAUCUUAAAGCCACACCCACUUACAGAACCUUAACUAAUUUCUGCCUUAAGCCACACACACUUUCAGAAGCUGAAAUCACUUGUCUUUAAGCCACACCCAUUGUCAGAAGUUAAACUCAUUUCUGCAUGAAACCACACCCACUUCCAGAACCUGAACUCAUUCUGCCUAAAACCACACCCAGUUUAAGAACCGGAACUCAUUGUUACCUUAAGCCGCACUCACUUCCCGAAGCUGAAGUCACUUGUCUUUAAGCCACACCCACUUACAAAACCUGAAUUCAUUUCUAACUUGAGCCACACCCACUUACAAAAGCUGAAAUAACUUCUGCCUGAAACACAAACUUUUAGAACUGGAACUUAUUGUUACCUUAAACCACACCCACUUUCGAACCUGAACUCACUUUUGCCUUUAAGCCACAUCCAUUGUCAGAAGUUGAACUAAUUUCUGCAUGAAACCACACCCACUCUCAGAACCCAAACUAUUUUUUGCCUUAAGCCACACCCACUCCCAGAACCUAAAAUCACUUCUGUUUUAGACCACACCCACUUCCAGAACCUGAAUUAAUUACUUCAUUAAGCCACACCCACUUACAGAAAAUAGACAAAUUUUAUCUUUAAUUCACACCUGUUUACCAGUAAAAUUAAAAUGUGGUGUAGUUCGUAAUAGGUACUGAUUAAGUGAAGAUGUUAGCAGACUAUUAGCACUAUGCUAAUUGGGGUACAUGAGCCUCUAUUACCUGUUAGCUUCAUUAGGGAUGGGAAGAGUUUCACUGAUCUAUCACUUUAAAGAUGCGUGUGUUUGUAAUUAUGUAUGUCUGGGGACUGGAAUGUCUGAACUGCCUUCUGUUGGAUGUAAGAUGUGUAACUGGUUUAUAUAUUUAUGGUCAGUCAGUGUUGUUUAAUUUAUAGCAGUGGUUUUAUGAGCAUGGACACUGGUUCCAUUUUCCUUUUAGUUCUUUUAGACCAGAGACAGUGCAAGACUCACCUGCUUAUUUAAUAGACCUGAACAGAACAAGUGUCUCAGACUGCCUUCAUUGAGUUUACAGUUUAGCCUAAAGGACCAGAAGCAGAGUGAAUUUUUUCCUCUGAUUUCCAAAUUUGUAAAUGAAAUUUAACAUCCCGACAGUUUCUCAAGUCUCAAAAGGUAUAAGCGAAUCUAAUCGAAUCUUUACUUUUGAGAGGCGUAGUGCUGCUCUCCGUGCUUUUCUACAUUUGCUGGUUUAUAUAAAUUUUUUAAUGCUGAGUACAAUCACCUGAAAUGUUCUAUAGUGUUUUAAUUACUGCCUUAUCGUUUAUUACUGUUGUGGGUCUGAAAUUAUUUAUGAGUGAUCGAUUAUUUUUUAUGUGAUGUCACUGGAAGGAGAAACAUCGGUUCGUUCCUGCUGGAUGAUCAUUAAUUAUUCAUGAUUAUUCAUGAUUUUGUACUGAUGGUGCUUUACUGAGUGACUUCACAUUAGUGCCUUUGGAGAGCUGUUUUUAUUAAUGUUAAUAAAAAAUAUGGGAAUGUUUAUUAUAUUUGGGGAGGCUGGGGGCGGGGUUAUUUGGGAGUUAUUGAUUGUAAUGAACUUUGUACACUCAAUUAUAUCAACACACUUCAUAAUUUGAUGUUUAUAGACAGUUUUAAAGCAAAAACAAUACUUUUGGAAGCACUUUUCAUCUGAACAGCAGUGCUGUAAAUCUGUAAAACUGUAAAUGUUUAUAGUGAUAUAGUGAUUAAUGCCAACAUCUGUGAACACAUGUUUUUUGGUUUCAGAUUUGUGUAGUUUACUUCUUAUUGUAUUUGUGCUUUGUUUGUACAUUGUAAUUUUUCAUGCCUUUUUCCAAAAAUGUCAAAAUAGCACAAUUCUUUGUAUAAAGUGAAAAUUUAACUGUGUAAAAGAUUUAUUAUUGAAUAUUGUGAACAUUUUCAAUAAAAACAAAACUAUUCUGGCA